GACAGAGACGGGGAUUGGGAGAGAGGGAAGGAGGGAGAGAGAAGCUAAACAGGUGGUCUGAAAACACACAGAAAACAAUGUCGUCCGGCGGGGAGAAGCGGAAAGACCUCUAGUCCCCGCUUUUUUAAAGGAAUACCGGGGCAGCCGCGGAGCCGAGCAAACAAAAACCCAUGCUCCUUUUGUAUUUUCACACGGAUUCCUCCUCCUCCUCCUCUUCUCGGUUUUACUCCGAAUCUGGGCAAGAUCUCGGAUACUAAACCAUGAAAGUCACGGUGUGUUUUGGCAGGACCCGGGUGGUGGUGCCGUGCGGGGAUGGAAAUAUUAAAGUCCACACACUCAUCCAGCAGGCUGUCAUGAGAUACAAGAAGGCUAUAGCCAAGGAUGCCAGUUACUGGCUGCAGGUCCACCGAUUGGAGCACGGUGACGGCGGCAUCCUCGACCUGGACGAUGUACUCUGCGAUGUGGCCGACGACAAAGACAGGUUGAUAGCAGUGUAUGACGAACAGGAGCCCCAUCACGGCGGCGAUGGCACCAGCGCCAGCUCCACAGGGACCCAGAGCCCCGAUCUGUUUGCUGCAGACCUCAGCGCCGGAAGUGGAGCCUCGGCCUUCCAACCCUACCAGGGCGCCAGUGAGAUCGAGGUCACACCGUCUGCCCUGCGCACCAAUAUGCCCCUCCACGUCCGACGCAGCAGCGACCCUGCCCUGCUGACCAUCAACGGGCCGUUUAGUAGCGGCGAGUCCCGGGUACAAACAGAAGAGCCUCCAUCAAGGAAAAACCCAACCCGUUGGUCCACCACCGCCGGCUUCCUGAAAGCUCGCCACUCCCCUGGCACCAACAGCCUCGAGAGGAAGGGCAAAGGUAUGGAAACGUACCGCAGUCUGCCGCGGGAUGCAGGGACAUGGGCCAAUCAGAGAGAGUUUCAGAGAGAGACGGCCCGCUCGUCACUCAGCGCCAAUCACCCCAUGGUGGACCGCUGGCUUGAGAGACAGGAACAGGAGGACGAAGCCAGGGAAGAAGAAAAUGGCAGGAUCGAGCCGGUUGGUCGAGCCGACUCCUGCAUGGACCACACCCCUGUGAGGUCACUAGAAGACAUAGUCAAACUGGUGGAGGUGUCAAACGACGGUGGGCCCCUGGGAAUCCACGUGGUGCCUUUCAGUGGCAGGGACCGCAGGACUCUUGGCUUGUUGGUCAAGCGUCUGGAGAAAGGAGGCAAGGCCGAGCAACAGGGCCUCUUCCAGGAGAACGACUGUAUCGUCCGUAUCAAUAACGGAGACCUGCGAAACAUCCGCUUUGAACAGGCCCAGAACAUGUUCCGUCAGGCCAUGCGCUCUCCUAUUAUCAUGUUCCACGUGGUGCCGUCGUCCAUGAAGGCCCACUACGAGCAGCUGUCCCACGCCGAGAGGAACCCGGCGUACAGCUCGGGCCGUUUCAGCCCUGACUCCUUGACCGGCAGCACCGUCUCCGGCAUGGACCACGCCCCGCAGAGAAUGUCCCGACACGGUUCCCAAACUCACCCACACUCUCAUCCGCAUCCUCAAUCCCAUACUCACCCAGACCAAACUGAAGGCUAUCCCCCUCUGACUCACCCGGCGGUGUCUGCAGCCAAGCCGCCGACAGGACACACUCACUCGCCUCAGAGGGGGCUAAACUCAACGCCAACAGGAGGAUAUACCAAAAAAGUUGGGAGGAGGCUCAACAUCCACUUAAAGAAAGAAGAGGACACUUUCCUCCCCCGAGAAGUGAAUGCUGAGCCUCAGAUGCAAAGCCCCAGAGAUUUGCAUCCAAGGCAGCCUGUGACAGCCGGGAAACCCCAUUGGCUGAUCGAGAAGACAGAGGAGGAUGAGUUGGUUCUGACUCCAGACGGGACCAGAGAGUUCCUGACCUUUGAGAUCCCCCUCAGUGACUCAGGUUCAGCUGGGUUGGGUGUCAGUGUCAAAGGCAAUCGCUCCAAGGAGAACCACGCUGACCUGGGCAUCUUCGUCAAAUCAAUCAUUAAUGGAGGGGCAGCCUGCAAGGACGGGCGGCUUCGGGUGAACGACCAGUUGAUUGCUGUCAACGGAGAGUCGCUAUUGGGAAAAACCAACCAGGAUGCCAUGGAGACGCUACGAAAGUCGAUGUCAACGGAGGGCAACAAACGUGGAAUGAUCCAGCUCAUAGUGGCCAGACGAGUGGCCAAAAGAAAUGAGGAGACACCAGGGAGCCCACUGGGGGGCAGUCAGCAAACUAUAAACACGUCCCUGGACGACCACGAACGCCGAAUCUCCCACUCCUUGUAUGGCGGCCUGGAGGGCCUUGAUGACAACUUGAUGCCACGACAAGGAAUGAUGCCACGCACAAUAGGCAACUACCAGCUCUCACCCACCGUCAACAUGCCGCAGGAUGACACUGUGAUCAUAGAGGACGACCGGCCGCCCCUCCUCCCGUCUCACCUCUCUGACCAGUCAUCGUCCAGCUCCCACGACGAUGUGGGCUUCUCCGCUGACAUGACACCGCCGUGGGCCAAAGAGCUGCCCCCUCAGAACGAGAGCUCUGUGAAUCCAGAUGAAAAUAAUCCAGACGGCGCUUUCCAAAGGGAAGGCUUCGGACGCCAGAGCAUGUCAGAGAAACGCACCAAGCAGUUUGGAGAUGCCGCUCAGCUCGAGAUCAUCAAGACACGCAAGUCCAAGAGCAUGGACCUAGUAGCCGACGAGAUUAACCUCACCCCUCGUCCCGAGACCAACACAGGUUCUUCCACAAAAGAUGUUGGACCAUCGCUAGGCUUGAAGAAGUCCAGCUCCCUCGAGAGCCUCCAGACGGCUGUCGCUGAGGUAACCCUCAACGGGGACCUUCCCUUCCACCGGCCACGUCCCCGCAUCAUCAGGGGGCGGGGCUGCAAUGAGAGCUUCAGAGCAGCCAUCGACAAAUCCUAUGACCGACCAGCUGCGACGGAAGAAGACGAUGAGGGCAUGGAGACAUUGGAGGAGGACACAGAGGAGAGUUCGCGAUCGGGGAGAGACUCGGUGUCCACGGUGGCUGACCAGACCCCGCUGUCCGGCUCCGAGAAACCCCUGGUCAAUGGCACUAAUAGAACCAAAGAGGAGAAGAAGAAAGACAAAGAGAAGGGGGGGAAGGAGAAGAAGAAGCAGCAGGAGGGAGGGAAGGAGAAAGAAAAGGGGAAACCCAAGAAGGGCAUGCUGAAAGGACUCGGGGACAUGUUCAGGUUCGGGAAGCACCGUAAGGAUGAGCGGCCGGGGGAGAAGAUGGAUCGUAAGGGCUCCAGCAAGUGGAGGGCGGAGGAGACGCAGGUUUCAGAUGAGGAGACGAUGAAGAUGAGGAUGGAGCAGGAAAGGAUCCAGGCCAAGACCAGAGAGCUGAGGGAACGCCAGGCUAGGGAACGGGACUAUGCCGAAAUCCUGGACAUAAGCCGCACAUCGGAGAGGGCCUCUGAGGACGAGCACCCGUACGCAGGCAUCAACCCUCUGAACAGCUCUGUGGACAGCGGGCACAGCCGGCCCCACAGCCCCCGAGACGAUUACCCCCACAUCCAUCCACACCACCAGCACCAGCACUCCGAUUCUCUAUACACCCAAGUCAGCAAGGCCCGCAACGACCGGCCUCCGUCUGCAGACAGUAACCGGCUAGCCCCUAGCAACCACGACCGGAUACAGAGGCUGAGGCAGGAGUUCCAGCAGGCCCAGACCGUCCCUGACGACCCCGACGACCGCAGGAGGACCUACAGCUUCGAGCAGCCCUGGUCAAACACCAGCAGCAACGGUCAGGGCGCGUACAGCCAGCCGGGUCGCCACUCGGUGUCGGUCGAGGUACAGAUGCAACGGCAGAGACAGGAAGAGAGGGACUCGUUUGCCCAGGCACAGCGACAGUACAGCUCCCUGCCACGGCAACCCAGGAAGAACCCCAGCUCCAUUUCCCAGGACUCCUGGGAUAAGGCGUACCCACCUGGCGAGGGCUUCCAGACAGCAAAGGACAACCCCAGGUACUCCAGCUACCAGGGCUCCAGGAACGGCUACCCAGGCGGUGGUGGGGUCAACGCCCGAGUCCUUCUGGAGGCCCAGGAGCUUUUGAGGCAGGAGCAGAGGCGCAGAGAGCAGGAAGCCAAAGGAAAGUUAAUGCAGGAGGGCACUGGUAACAGCAGCUACGAGGGAUACCCCACAGCGCACCUGAAGGACCCAGCUUCCCCCAAGGGUCCGUACCGCCAUGAUGUGCCGCCUUCGCCUUCGCAGUUAGCGAGGCUUAAUAGAAUUGGGUCAGAAAAAGGAAGACUUUUUUAUUCUUGAGAAGUGUUGAUGGACUUAUGAUGAAGAGUUGAACAGAGAACUUGUGCGUCAGGAGCUAAGGGGAUUACCUUGAAGGAACAGCAAAAGUGGAUGCUACAAAUCUUGACAAACAGACAACCUAGAGGUCUUAUAGCUUAGCGAUGAUCGUAGAGGUAAACAGAUGUGAAGUGUACUCAGUAUGUGGGUGUUUGUGUGCAGUCCCUCGCUGUGCUGAUGACCUAUACCAGUAGUCAGUCACCCUCCUACAGACAUGAGACGCUCAGUGCCUUCUCUGCAUUCACGAACACGCUGCUUGUUCACAGUCGUCCAGGACUCUGAUUCAUCGAGAUCUGGCACCGUCAUGUACUGACAAUCAAAUGGGCAGACAGGCAAGUGAGUGGGCGUUCUUUUGAGCCCACGGGGAGGCGUAAGUUGCUGUGUGGGUUUGUGUGUGGGCAUGUGACAAGGUACAUGUUUCACAAUCAAGCAUGUGUGACGUGGUUUUACAGAGUGUCCCGUGGAUGACUCGUCCCAUCGGUCACAAAUCACCCUCUCUUCGCUGCGCUAAAGUUAACAUCCAACCCCUACCGACACUGCCGGCGUUUCUCUGCAUUCUGUUUUCUCGACUUCCAGUGUUUUUCCUCAGCAAUCGCGCUCUCUCACUUGAGUGCUCCCCAGGGAGAAGAGAAAACAAGGCAAAGUGUAUGAAAGAAGCAGGGCACAGUGUGUGUGUUAUUAAUAAAAAAGCCCCCCUCAUAAAUGAUUCAUAUCGUGUGUUAUCUCCGUGGAGGAGACCCAGGCAGAGAGGGUAGACAGCUCUGAUCCUCUGCCUGGCCCCCCUGCACCGCUCUGGGCUUGACUCGCUGGCCCGCCCGCCUGUCUGUCUGGAGCUCUGGCUCCCAUCCUCCUCUCGUUCUCGUCGCCUCUCUGUUCUUUACCUUUCUUCCUUCUACCUCAACACCCCCACCUUUAUCCUCCGCUUCCCUCCUCGCUCAUCUCCCACCUUCCUCUCAUCUCACCCCUCCCCUUCCCCUUACUCUUCCUCCCGCUACCCACUACCACCCUCCUCCUCCUCCUCCUCCCCGUCUCCCGAGUCAGACUCUGCACUGAAUUUUUCAUCACAAGCCACCUGCUGCCUGCCGGAGCCAAAGAACGCUGCCACCAGAGGCACCGACAGAGGGCCCGGCUUCUGACAUAAAGAGAGGAAUAAAAGCAAAAAAAAAAAAAGACAGAAUAAAGAUGGGUAGAGAGACAAUAAGCCUGCCAGUGUGAGAUUAGCUGGAGCUUUUCUCCUGUGUGUAACAAAAGGCAAAAUUGUUGAGUUAAUUGCUUUCAAUUGCUGUAAUUGCUUUCUGGAUUUUUACCUUUUCAAGCAUUUAGCUGACACUCCUCUCCAAAAAUUACAGAAAUCUUUCUUAGAACUGCUUUUUGGUCACAUUAGAAAGUAGUGCCACAAAGUUCAUCUACACGUUCUCACACAAUAGGCAGUGCAGGAACAUUAGUGACAUACUCGGGGGGGCUACUUAGCCCGCCAGAACAGUGCGAGCAGUGGUCAGCCACAAUCAUGGUCACUCACAAAUUCUCGACAAGUUAGCUAACAUGUGAACUGUAAGUUAGCGGUCUCAUUACCUCAGUCACUAGCAGGACAAUAAAUCCUCCAUUUUGGACUCUGCAGUUUUCCAUUCCCUCAAAUGUCAGUCCAGUUUGGAAGGUUUGCUAUUGAAUAACGGUGAAAUUUGAGUGCCAAAAGUUGAACUAGAUGUGCAAAUUUUUACAAAUAUUGACUUUGCCCCUGUAAGCAAGUCCACUCUAUGUGGCAAUUCCAUUGAAAUGAACUGAUUUAACGUAUGUUUUAUAUGCUGCCUGUGACUGAGCCUUCAGCAGGACAUUGUUUUUGAUAAGGGAUGUUGAUUUCUUUUAAAUCUAGUUUUCAAACACUGUGAGGACCACAAAUGAAUUUCAAUUUGCCUUGAAUGUAUGUGGUUGGAGAAAGACAUUUGAAAACCUGGACAAAUGAAACCAAAACUACCUGUUUUAUUGCAAUUUGGGUCAACCAACCCUUUAAAUGAAGUUUUAAUUAUGCCUCAUGCUAUCCCAGUGGCUUGCUAUAGGUAUAUAUCAGAAAGAAGACCUUGAGCAUUGCCAACAGAUGCUUAAAAAUCCCUGUCACAGUGCUCCAGCCCUCUGCUAUAAUUGUUGCAGUAGGUGGCAACAGAUCCUCUUAGUCUAAACCUACCCCUCUUUGACACCACUAAUGUUUGUGACAUGAUCGUCUCUGCCUGCAAGCGAACAAAUGAGAUCGAGCUGAGGUUGAACUUUAAACAAAAGGGAAAUACAAAAAAAAAAAAAAGACGGCCAUCAUCGGGCUGUGGAAAACAAACAGGCGGCGCGUAAUUGCCCUUCACUCCUACACACUCCAUAUGCUGAGUGAAGCUGCAUGACAUACUUUAUCUCCUGUUGGUUAAUGAAGACCCUUGCUGGGAAAGACGCAGGCUUAGUAGGGGUAAUAAAUGAUGAGCAAGAAGAUGAAGAAGAAGGGACUUUUCAAUGGCAUUAAUCCAGUGUAGAAACCUGUAUUUUAACCUGAGGAAAGUUCACAAUACUCUGUUUUAAGCUAACUAAAAUUCCCCUUUUGCAUUAUGUUUGUAUUUAAUGACACAAACACUCUAAUUCCACGCUCCAAUGGGGGUUGAUGAUAACUGUCACCAAAUAAGAUGUAGGUGAGGGUGGUUUUUAGUAAAAAGUGUUUGGUUGUAGCAGCCAGCACUUCCUGCUGUGAACACUCGUGCGUCUCGAAAUGCAGACUAGCACAUUUAGAAGGAUGCAUUUGACCUGUGCUCUAAACGUUGUGCUCUUUGCUGUUCGGCUGUCCAGUUAUGGGGUCUGAUAUCGAUAAGUGCCUGAUAUUAUAUCAUACUAUUUUACACAAAGAGGGACACGAUGUGAUUGGUUUGUCAGUGACACUACAGCACACACACUACAGUGUGUUUUUAAACAUUUUUAAUAUCAUAUUAAAAUGUGUCAUUUUUGGGGUACUCCUUCCCGAACCUUUUUUUUAUUUUAUUUACAAGAGCCAACACUUUACGAGCGGUUAUCAGUGUAUUUGUAUCCUGUUUGACAUUGCCUUCAACCAUGCUGUACCAUGAUGUGUUUUAAAGUAUAAAGAAAUGGAAGCUGAUGUGCAAUUGUUUUGUUUUUUUCCAGAAAACUUUUACAUGAUAUAUUAAGAAAUGUAUACAGCCACUUUUUCCUGUACAUAUCAAAUUUAGAAUAAAACGGAAGGCUGUUCCAUCCUGUUUACAACCUCGCCUGCCUCUGCCUGUUCUACCUUUUCUUUCCCCGACCCCCGGCUUUGAACCAGGGAUCAAACAAGUCUUCAAUUAAGCAGGAGGGACUCAUUCUGCUGUCAAAUGUCAAAUCUGUCAGGUCUGGCUGCUGAUGUCUUUUUCUGAGACCGACAGAGAAGUUGACGGAUACAAGAGAGAUAACAUAAGAUGUGAAACAUCAUUCCUGUGGGAGACUCGCGCAACAGACGGAAUUGAAACCAAGGUUUGGCUUUUCUGCAACAACUGUGUCUCCCUGUGUAGGCGAUCUGUCCAACACAGUGAGGUAAUCUCCCUAAACGCCAUUG